AUGCGUGUAUUGAACUUUUUGGCUCUGUUGCCAGCGGUUUUAGCGAACCCUUUGGUUAGACGCACCAACAGUACAGCAUGCAACAAUUCCCCAGACCUCUGCUCCAAGUCCUAUGGAGAAAUCACACAUCUCGGUGCCCACGACAGUCCCUUCUUGCGCGAUUCCAGCACAAGUAAUUCGCUAGCCGGCGACCAAUAUUACGACACCACCACACAACUAUCAGCCGGCGUCCGCCUAGUAACGGCUCAAGUGCACAAGAGCAACUCACAAUGGCGUCUCUGUCAUUCUACCUGCGACCUGCUAGACGCAGGACUUCUCAGCGACUGGCUGAAAAAAAUCAAGACCUGGCUAGAUGACAACCCAAACGAAGUCGUCACAAUCCUCCUCGUCAACUCCGACAGUGCCACAGCCUCCGAGCUCAACACCGAAUUCGAAACAGCAAACAUAACAGACUAUGCAUAUGAGCCAACCUCCCAAAGCACAGCCCCAACAUCAUGGCCAACCCUCCAAACAAUGAUCGACGACGGCAAACGCCUAGUUGUCUUUAUUGCCUCGAUCACAACCUCUGAAUCCUACCCCUACCUAAUGAACGAAUUCAACUUCGUCUGGGAAAAUCCCUACGAUGUCUCCUCGCCCUCAAACUUCUCCUGCUCCCCCGACCGACCCUCAACAUACAAGGGCGACGCGGCCGCCGCCCUCUCCGCCAAUCUCCUCCCUCUCAUGAACCACUUCCUGUAUUCAUCUGAUCUGGCCGCCUUCGACAUCGAAUACCCCAACUCCAGUUACGUCGGCACGACGAAUGCCGCGUCUGGCGGCACAGGCAAUUUGGGCGAUACCGCAUCGACCUGUAAGCAGGCAUGGAGCGGGCGGCAGCCGACGUUUAUUAUGGUUGAUUUCUUCAACCGUGGGCCUGCCAUCGAUACAGUCGAUAGCUUGAACAAUGUAACCAAUCCUGUUGGGAGGAAGUCUGUUACAGAGGCUUCGACUAGUGGGGCUUCUUCAACUAGUAGUGUUUUCAAGGCGCUUGUUGAGUUGGCCGACUCGGCGAAGGCGGGGACGACGGUGACCAUGGGGAAUUGGAUCUGGGCCGGUGGGAACUGGGGGAAUCUUCUUGGUGGUGGGAUUUCUCUCUAA